UAUUUUUGUUUCUGACUUACAGCAUCCACAGUUUUCUCGGCUAUUUACAAUAGAAGGUAUCAUCAAUGUGAAAGAAAGGACUUCAUUAAAAAGACAUAGUUACAUGGAGGUCAAAGUUGGAAACUAAAUAAUCAGACCCAGUCGAGUAGAUGUGUCCUUUAGGACUCAGCCAGCUCAGUCAAGGAGUGGUGCCACUGAAUACAGGAUAUUCAAAACAGCCUUUGCCACUGUCCUUCAGUAAAGAGGAGUACUGCUUCAUCAGUCAAACAAAGGUGGUAAAUGGACAGCAACAACAGCUGCUAUUUUGAGGAUUUUAGCUGUCAAUCUUAUCAAGCUGAAUGAGGGAAUCCACCUUGGUCACCUGACUGAUUAAAAAUGAGCCAAGUUCAAGGUCCGAACUUUAAAUUUUGAUGCCAACACUUUGCUCGUCCUCUUUUCAAGUUUAGAUUUCCAGGGAAGAGCAAGACACAUAACCAGCUGCAAAAAAUGAAAGAUAAAAAGAACAGAGAUGAGGAAGCGACAAGUUCAAAGCCCAGUUGUUUUGGAUUUCCCAUCAGCAUCUUCUUCAUCGUGGUCAAUGAAUUCUGUGAAAGAUUCUCCUACUAUGGAAUGCGAGCUGUGCUUGUCCUCUAUUUCCGUUAUUUUCUGCACUGGACUGAGGAUUUUGCAACUGCCAUUUAUCAUGCUUUUGUUGCUCUGUGUUACUUAACACCAAUCAUUGGAGCAAUCAUUGCUGACUCCUGGUUGGGAAAAUUCAAGACUAUCAUCUACCUGUCCAUUGUCUAUACAAUUGGACAACUGGUGAUAUCAAUCAGCGGCAUUGCAGAUAUUACAGAUACUGAAGGCAAUGGUCUUCCAAAUAAUCUAUCAGUUCAUAUCGCAUUGGCAAUGAUUGGUCUGAUUCUUAUUGCUUUGGGCACUGGUGGCAUCAAACCUUGUGUGUCAGCAUUUGGUGGUGACCAGUUUGAAGAACACCAGGUAAAACAAAGACGUCGGUUCUUCUCAAUUUUCUAUUUAUCAAUCAAUGCUGGAAGUCUCAUUUCUACCAUUAUUACUCCCAUCCUGAGAGGUCAAAAAUGUGGUCAUGUUGCCCAGGCAUGUUACCCCCUUGCCUUUGGAGUGCCAGCAGCCCUGAUGGCAAUUGCUUUGAUUGUAUUUAUAGGAGGAAGUCCUUUGUAUAGGAAAUCUACACCCGAGGGGAAUAUUAUGCUUAAAGUUUGCAAGUGCAUAUGGUUUGCUCUAAAGAACAGAUUCCAGCAUCGUAGCAACCAAUAUCCCAAACGGGAGCACUUUAUGGACUGGGCUGCAGAGAAAUAUGAUGAACAUUUGAUUGCUCAGGUCAAGAUGGUGCUGAAAGUGUUGUUUCUGUAUCUUCCAUUGCCUAUGUUCUGGGCUUUAUUUGACCAACAGGGCUCGAGGUGGACCUUUCAAGCAACCAGGAUGGAUGGAGAUUUUGGAGCCAUUGACAUUCAACCUGAUCAGAUGCAGACAGUCAACCCAAUCCUCAUUUUGAUCUUGGUUCCGAUUGUCGAUGGUUUCGUUUAUCCCUUGAUUGCUAAAUGCAACUUCAACUUCACGCCCCUAAGAAAGAUGACAGUCGGGAUGUUUCUUGCAGCUUUAGCAUUUAUUGUUGCUGCUUUGGUGCAACUUCAAAUUGAUAAAACACUUCCGAUCUUCCCUGCUGCUGAUCAAAGUCAAAUUAAAAUCGUCAAUGUUGGUAAUUUGUCAGUCGAUGUAACACUAAACGGAGUUUCCAAGAAUUAUUCACUGAAACCAUCAGAGGCAACUGAGUAUACUAUUGUUAUGACAGCUGAUAUAGAGAGUUUUGAAGUUUCCUAUGGAGCCGUUAAUGAAACCUUCCAACCUGAAAUUCAGCAUGGAACACGUCACACACUCCUAGUAACAAACUUCCCGUCCAUCAAGGUGCUAUUGCUUGAUGAUUAUGAAGACAAACCAGAAGAAGGAAAAAAUGCAAUCAGAUUUGCAACAGCAUUCUCAAAUAUUGAAAAUAUCACAAUGAACGAUAAAGAUUUUGGAUAUUUGGAUGAACUAUCAGCAACAAACUACUCAUUGUUUACCAAAGGACAGAAACUAAUCUCAUUUAUCAUUGAUGGAAUAGAAUAUAAACAAAACUCAAAGGAAUUUGGUUUUGGAAGCGCCUACACAAUCAUCAUUAAUGAAAUAUUUGCCGCAGAUAAUUUUACAUUAAAUUACAUUGAAGAAAUCGAACCCAACAGUUUCCACAUGGCAUGGCAGAUUCCCCAAUACGUUCUCAUCACAAGUGGUGAAGUGGUUUUCUCCGUCACUGGUCUAGCGUUCGCCUACUCACAGGCACCUGCCAAUAUGAAAUCAGUACUCCAGGCUGGUUGGUUGUUGACUAAUGCAAUUGGUAACAUUAUUGUGUUAAUAGUGGCAGAAGCUUCAACUAUUCAGGAACAGUGGGCUGAGUAUAUCUUAUUUGCCGCAUUAUUGGUUGCAGUCUGCAUAGUGUUCGCUAUCAUGGCCUAUUUCUACACUUAUGUGGAUCCAGCUCAAGUAGAGAUGGAAAUUGAAGAAGAAAUAGCAAGGAAGAAAGCUGAGGCUCUAGAGAAAAUGUCUUACUCUGAGAAUGGAACGAUUUAUGUGGUUCAAUCAAACCUCUGAAACGUAGCAAACAGAACACAUUGUAAAGUUUAACCAGACAUAGCUUCAGUGCAAAUGGACCUUAUGGACUGAGAACAACUGACCUUCUGUCAGCCUGUCUCUGCAAGAGAUGUAAAUAAUGUGACAACAUGCCCUGAUUUCCUGGUAAUUAUGUUAGAAUUCUCACGAUGAGCACUUUUUUCAAUACCCUUUCAAAUAGUGUUUCAGUGUUAUUUCUAACAGCUGAAAACAAAUAGUGGACUGAAAUGCCCAUUGCAAUUCUCCAUAUUCUUUCACGUUUCUCCAUGACUGAUAUGCUGUAAUUCUGAACCUCAAAUGCUGACCAUUUUAUUUGACAGACAUGUACAAUUCUAAUCUUUUAAACCAAGAUAUUGUAAUACCUGAGAAAAUAUUUGCUCAUUCUGAAUAUUUUUGCACAAACUUUAAAUAUCAAAAAUUCGAGGCUAGCUGAUCAACAAUUUCCAAAAGUAUUUUAAUAUGUCCUUACUUUUGUUCUUUUUAAACUGAAUACCACCCAUUGAAACAAAGUUUGCCUAAAUAAAUAGCAGUUCAGAAGUGAUUCUGUCAGAGUUCUCGGAGAAGAAAGAAUGGGAGGAAUAUAUUUUAAAGAGUCACGAAUAUUGAAAGAAAGCAUAAAAAUAAAAGAUGACAUGUACAUAAACAAAC